AUGAAAUAUAUUUUAGCUGUUUAGAUAAUUUUGCUAUGCACUUUCUCAGUCGUUUUAGCAGCAGAUUUAGUGGUAGGCAAUUCAGUUGCUUGUGGUAAUGGUUCUAAUUGUUCGACUUGUGGCAGUUAAAUAAAUCCUAAUCUCUAUCUUGCUUUUACAUAUAUAUCAGGAUCAGAUUGCUAAUAUAAAAAUUGUAAUUCAUUAGUUCCAAAAGCUUUUCCUAUAGAUACUUGGGUUUGUAAAUCAUGUGCAGGAACAAGCACUAUUUUAGGAAAUGGAAUAUAUGUAGAUACAUCAAAUAACAUGUGUGUGGGAUCAUGUCCAUCAGGCUAAUAUGCUGAUGAUUCUACUAAUAAUUUAUGCACAAAUAUCCCUGUUACUCCAGGUAAUUCAGUCGCUUGCUCUACUGAUGGAUCAACUUGCUCAGGUUGUGGGUCUACUUCAGCACUUUAAAAUUAAUUUACUUAUGUCUCAGGAAAUAACUGCAAAGUAACAGAUUGCACAGUAAGUGGAUCUGGAGCAUCAGGAGUUGCAGUUAAUGGCUGGAUUUGUUAAUCUUGCAAUGGAAUCAAAAAUUCAGGUGUGGCAGCUGGAGCAUAGUUUAAUGGCUCUACUUGCGUUGCUUCUUGUGAUGCAGGUAAAGUUGCAAAUGCAGCUAAUAACUGGACUUGCACUCAAGCUGCUGCUCCUGGUAAUUCUGUUGCCUGCUCUACAGAUGGAUCAACUUGCAGUGGUUGUGGAUCUACAACAGGUGUUCAAAAUUUAUUCACUCACGUAUCAGGAAAUAAUUGUAGAGUAGCAGAUUGCACUGCAGGUGGAGCUGGUGCAAGUGGCAUAACUCCUAAUGGUUGGAUUUGUAAUUCUUGUAAUGGAAUUACUGGAACAGCAGUUGGAGCAGGAGCUUAAUUGAAUGGUAGUACUUGCUCUGCAUCCUGUCCUACCGGUUAUUAUGCAAAUGCUGCUACUGGAUGGUCUUGUACUUAGAUACCAUCAGGUAAUCCUGUUGCUUGCUCUACAGAUGGAUCAACUUGCAGUGGUUGUGGAUCUACAACAGCUGUUCAAAAUUUAUUCAAAUAUGUGUCAGGAAAUAAUUGCAAAGUAGCAGAUUGUGGAGUCAAUGGAGCUGGUGCAAGUGGUUAAACUCCUAAUGGUUGGAUCUGUAAUUCUUGCAAUGGAGUUGCUGGUUCAAAAGUAGCUGCAGGAAAUUUACUAAAUGGUUCUAGCUGCUCUGCUGCAUGUUCAGAUGGUCAAACUGCAACUGCUGCUAGUAAUUGGGUUUGCUAAGCAGGUAACUAAGGAACUGCAAGUACUACUAAUAAGAAUUUAUUAGCUGUUAUUUUAGUCUUACAAUUUAUUAGCUUCAUACUAUGA